GAAGCCAAAGUGCUCGUGUUUCUAGGCAACCAAGACGAACUUCAAGGCCUUUAAAAAAAUAAAAUAAAGGAUUUAGAAACUCUUAAACCUCAGUGAUUUGUGUUGCUAGAGUAAGGAGCUCGUCUUAUAAAACUAACGAAGGAAGCACUCCAUCCUCUCAGACAGCACUCCAACCUGACAGCAACAUCAGUGGAGCACAAAGGCACAAUCAUGUCACUGCUGGAGGUGCUCACCAUCGGCCACACGGUGCCUUACCCAUUGUCGGACACUGUUGCUUUACUGCUUUUUCUGUUGUUACUGGUUCUCACCGCCUGGGAAUGGACACACUGGUCAAACAUACCAGGUCCGUCUUUUAUGGCAGGACUCGGUCCGGUUCUUUCCUAUGCUCGGUUUAUCUGGACGGGCAUUGGAACGGCGAGCAACUACUAUAACAACAAAUACGGCAGCAUUGUACGGGUGUGGAUUGACAGUGAGGAGACCCUCAUUAUCAGCAGGUCCUCUGCGGUUUAUCAUGUCCUGAGGAGCGAUCACUACGUGGCCCGAUUUGGGAGUAGAAACGGCUUGGCGUGUAUUGGGAUGGAAAGGAGGGGAAUCAUUUUUAACAGCGAUGUGGAACUCUGGAAAAAAGUCAGGAGUUAUUUUUUGAAAGCCCUGUCAGGACCAGGACUUACGAGGACAGCAUCAAUAUGUAUGAAUUCCACAGCAGAACAUUUGGAUCACCUCCAGGACAUGACAGACCGGUCGGGACACGUGGAUGCUCUCAAUCUGCUUAGAGCCAUCGUGGUGGACAUCGCUAACAAACUGUUCCUCAGGGUGCCACUCAAUGAGACGGACUUGCUGCUGAAAAUCCAUAACUAUUUCAAGACUUGGCAAGCGGUUCUAAUCAAGCCGAAUAUAUUCUUCAAAAUUGGAUGGCUGUGCAAUAAACAUAAAAAAGCAGCCCAGGAGCUUCAAGACGCAAUGGAGAUGCUUCUUGAUUUCAAAAGAAAGACCAUUCGAGAAUCCGAGAAGCUGGAUGACGAGCUUGACUUUGCAACUGAGCUUAUUUUUGCUCAGAACCACGGUGAGCUGUCUGGCGACGACGUGAGGCAGUGCGUGCUGGAGAUGGUGAUUGCUGCUCCUGACACUCUUUCUAUAAGCCUCUUCUUCAUGCUGAUGCUGCUCAAACAGAACCCAGACACCGAGCACAGCCUGGUAGAGGAGAUGGACGCCGUCAUCAGUGAAAGUGGAGCAGAAAAUGUGGAUUACGAGCAUCUAAAGGUGCUGGAGAUUUUCAUCAAUGAGUCACUGAGGUAUCACCCGGUGGUUGACUUCACCAUGCGCAAAGCUCUGGAAGAUGACAUAAUUGAAGGCAUCAGUGUUAAAAAAGGAACAAACAUCAUUCUCAACACUGGUCUCAUGCAUAAGACGGAAUUUUUUCCAAAACCCAAAGAGUUCAAUCUCCACAAUUUUGAUAAAACGGUUCCCAAACGUUUCUUCCAGCCGUUCGGAUGCGGGCCUCGCUCCUGCGUGGGCAAGCACAUCGCCAUGGUGAUGAUGAAGGCCGUCCUGGUGACUCUCCUGUCUCGUUUCAGCGUGUGUCCGCGCCAAGGUUGCACCGUCAACAGCAUCAGGCAGACCAACGACCUGUCGCAGCAGCCGGUGGAAGAUGAGCACAGCCUGACCAUGCGCUUCAUCCCGAGAACAACGCAACGUGCUUAUGCUUUCCACACCGACACCGUCGGUUCAGAUUACUUACUUGCAUUGUCUGAAAAAAAGUGAUUUGAAGGGCAUAUUGGCAAAAUUUGCAAUCAUAGGCUUUUACAAACAAAUGGUACGGUCUGUAAAAGGGAACAAUAGUAAACCGCAUCACCUACUAUACCUGUUGUUUUAAGUUGUAAUAACAGCAUUCACCACUAGAUGGCAGACCUCACUUAGCAGCACAUGUUCAUCUUUAGAGACAAAAGGUGAAGAGGUGAUUGUCAGCCAUGACUGAUUUUGUGUCAUUUCAGACUAUAUGACUAGACUAACAAUGCAGCUUACUUGUCGUAGUGAGAAAAAUGAAGCCACUGGCGGCCAUCUUGCGUCGCCCCUUGCUAAGUGCACCUAACUUGAAUACAUUGAUUGCUCCGCAGCAUUUUUACAUUAGUUUUGGUCUCUACGGCAAAAAUGUCAGGAUAUGGCAUACAGUCAAAUGAUGACAUUAGUAUCAUGUUGGACAUGAUGAAUUUAUUGAAAGUUAGUCUAUUUGCAUCAAUCUGAACUACCACUUCCUUCUGCACCACAGGCACAAAUCAAACUUGGCUUUAAGACAUAAGGCUUUGGGUUUAUGUUUUGCUUUGGACACUUCAAAAGCAACAACAGAAUCAAAUAAUAUUUUCCCUCUGUUUGUACUAAAUUAAAAAGGCUGACUGGAUCUGGCACGAUGCAAAUGAACAAAACACUAAAGUUUCUUUUCAUUAUGAAUUAAACUAAUCUAAAAAACAAAUUCAGCGAG